AUGCAGCAACAGCAUGAGCCAUCGGCUGUAGCUGGCGUACCGCGCCUGUUUGUGGGCCAGAUCCCCACCUCCUGCACGGAGGAGGACUUGGUGCCGGUGUUUGCGGGGUAUGGGGAGAUCGAGAAAGUCAGCCUCGUGCGCGGGCCGGACAACAAGAGCCGCGGCUGCUGCAUGGUCCAGUUUAAGCGCUGGGCUGAUGCGGAGCGCGCGAUGCUCGACGUCAACGGCACCAGCCCGCUAGAGAGCGGCAAGGGGCGGCCGCUGGUUUGCCACUUUGCCAACCCCAGGAGAACCAUGGGCAGCCAGAUGAGCGAGACAGCCAUCGCGCCGCGCAAGCUGUUUGUUGGGCAGAUCCCCAAGACGUCUGUGGAGGCCGACAUCCUCGCCGUGUUUGGUCCCUUUGGCGAGGUGGAGCAGAUCAACAUCCUCAAGAGCAAGGGCGUGCACGCAGGCUGCGCCUUUGUGCAGUACAGCUCGUGGGCGGCGUGCGAGGCGGCCAUCGAGGCGCUGCAUGACAAGACCACGAUGCCGGGCGCCGAGCACCCGCUGGUGGUCAAGUUUGCGGAUGCCAAGAAGAGCGAUGCCGGCAUGAUGCAGAAGCGGGGCCUGGGCAUGAUGGGUAUGGGCGGCUUUGGCGCGCACCCCGCGCUGCUGGGCGCGCACCACCACCACCCGUACGGCGACAUGGGCCUGCCGGGCAUGACCCACAUGGCCAUGCCUGGCAUGGGCGGCCUGGGCGCCAUGAGCGGCCUGCUGCAGGCCAACGGGCUGAGCCACGCGGCGCUGGGCAUGGGCAUGGGCAUGGGGCUGCCCAGCGGGCUGGCUGGCGGCAAGCCGCACGGCCUCGGCUCGCACGACGGCGGAUCAAGCGAGAACCUGCUGUCGUCGGAGACCGCCCUGCCGCUGCACCCCUGGCAGUUUGUGGGGGCGUGUGCCGACUCGAGCGCGGGCAUCCCGCUGGCCGGCAUGCACGGCCUGCACCUGGGCAGCAGCAGCGACAUGCACAUGAUGAACAGCGCGGCGAUGAUGAUGGCGGCGGCACAUGCGCAGGCGCACGGCGGCGGCGGCGGCAGCCCCCCCGGCGGCCACGUGGGCCGGGGAGGCGCCAUCAAGCUGGGCCGCGGCGUGGCCGACCCCUCCGCUUACGCCCACAAGCUCUUCAUCGGCCAGAUACCCUUUGAGGCCAUUGAGCAGGACCUGUGGGCGCUGUUUGCCCCCGCCGGCGACAUCCUGGAGCUGGCCAUCCUGCGCUCGCAGGGGCGCUCCAAGGGCUGCGCCUUCCUCACAUACGCCUCGCGCCAGCAGGCCACCUCCGCCAUCAACGCCUUCAACGGCCGCCAGGUGGGCCCCAGCAAGCGGCUGGUGGUCAAGUUUGCGGACCAGAAGGCGGCGGCGGCCUGA